GCAACACUGUUCGUCUGCAACGUCUGUCAAGCUGUAAAAGUCGCAAAAGUAGAGGCAAAUUGUCCAAGCAUUGAACGUUAAAAUUUGUGUUUAGUUUGAACAAAUUGCCUUAAGCAUUUCAAUAUUUAUAAAUCGAGAAUUGAACCAAUGUGAAUUGAUGAUCAAUAGAUUGCUGCAUAAUUUCCAAUAAUGGGUGAGACAAACGGAGAUGUUAUACAAUGGAAAAAGUUGUGGCAACUGAUAUCCGGAAUUCACUACGAAACGCCGAAUGCCGUCGUCCGGGACCGGCUCAUGGACGUUUCCAAACAGCUCACAGAUGGAAUUCUGAUGUAUCGAAAGGCUGCCAACGACAAACAGUCCGAAGAACAGUUGAAGAAAGCCAUGAAGGAACGUAACCAGCAGAAGCUGUUGGCUUUUGCCACCAAAUUGUAUCAGUAUUUGGACAUAGAUGCAUUGCAGUCGUGGAACAUUCUUUGCUUCUAUCUUGUUAACGAAUAUCGUGGUCCCGCUAAUGCAUUGGCAGAUUAUCUUUCCACCGAGAGCUCGAUGUUGACUUUGCUGAGUGACAUCUGGUCCUAUUACAGUUUGGAACGAAUGGUUUUACUAAAGGUUGUCAAAAAUCUGCUGGAGUUCUACAAUUCGGGAAACCAUCCAUACUCGAAGGAAUAUAAAGUCAUAAUCGAUAAGAUUGGCAUGGCCAAUCUGCGAAAAUCGUACAUCAAUCAGCUGGAAACUUUGAUCAACGAAUCGAUGCCCGGGAAGCUGAUUCCGGGAGAUAUGUUUAACAACCAAGCAAAAAUGGUAUCAUGGUCCGAGCGGAAGUUACGUGAAAUGAAUGAGAUUUUGCACAUAAUUUUGAUGAUCAUCCAUAACGAUGGAAUUAGCGUGGAAGACUUCUGCCGUUUGUUCAAGCUAUUCAAAGGGCAUGCAUUCGGCAGGCAGCAGCAGUAUCUAGACUCCACUAACGAAAAUCAUGGGGAUUUGGUGAAGCGAAUCACAUUCAGCGAGUUGGCGAUCAUCUGCGAAGCGUUGGAUCUGACCGAGAAGCCAGACAAAACAGAUUGGGCUGAAGGUGUCAUCGAGGCGCUGGACAACGAGCUGGUCACGCUACAUCAGUUCCCAGAGCAUGGUCCUCUGCUGUUGAUGUGGAUGCUAUUCAACUUCAGGAUCCCUAGCCACUUGGAAGACGACGAUGUAUCCAGUCGAUACCGUCAGUUCGGAUCGAGAGCUAUCCAGUUGGGAGUUUUCGAAUAUCUUCAUGCGUUGGUCACUCAUCGAACCUUCAAAGAUCACAGCUUUGUUUGCCGCAUUACACGGAAGGCGAUUUACAACCAGCUUGCCUUUCUUUGUCAGUUGUUCGAUUCCGACGGAUCAGUAGCUGAUCAUGCGAAAGUUAUAGAUCUCCUCAGUGAACUGAUCAGCAGUCCCUCAAUCGCAGCGGACUUUUGCAAAAACGAACUCAAUCCCAUUCGAUCUUUGUUCGAUACAUCCCUAGAAAAAUUCCCAGUGGAUUUUAGGCCCUUGGCUACAAUCGCCCACGCUUUGGCUUCAGCCGGCUCCAACUCCUACAAAUUCAUCCACGGGCUUCUGGAAAGUUUACCAGUCUAUAGCGAGGUGUACAAUCCGGACAACUACGAGCUGCGUUCUUCGCCCACGAACGAGGAUGAAUUUGUUCUGGCCCAUGAUUAUGUACCGUUCCGGAGGAUUGGGUUUAAGGUUCCACGCGGGACCAGCGUAGUUGUGCUCGAUAAGCGAUCCCACACGAUGGUGCACUUUAGAACGAAAUUCAACUUUUACGACGCAUUGCACCACGAGAUAAAUGAAUUGCUUUCGGAUGCUUUGGCUUAUACGCAGCUUAAUGACGAGAGGAUUCAACGAAUCAUGGCGGGUAUACGCUAUCUAGCUGUUGCUGUAAAACGUGUCAAUCAGCCACAUGAAAUCAGCUCGGAAAUGGUCCAUCCUACGGAGAUGGUCUUCGAUAUCCUUCUCAAGUUCAAGGUUGUCCAAAAUCCCCCAGUCGAACUGCUAGCAGAGUGUAUCAACGUUUGCGCUGCCCUCGUGCCGUUAUUUGAACCGGAAAUCUACGCGCGGGUCAUAAAUCUAAACAUACUUCCAACUGUGAACAAUGCCAACCUGGACUUUAAGGAUUACGCCGCUGGAACCAGUUUCGAAUCUAGUUUGAUUGGAUUCUACUUGGUGAAUUGCGAGAAAAAUGCCGGAAAGUAUCGCAUACUGUUGGCUUAUCUGAACUUUUUGAAAACGUACACCAAGCUGGGUAAGAGUAACAUUUUUGGGGUAGAGCUGCCCGGAUUGAUAUUCCUUCUGCGAGAAGUGUUUCCGCAUGCUCACACGUGGAGGUUUGAGAACGAAGCAGAGCGACAAAAAGUGUAUGUGUUGAUCAUGCAAUAUCUUUUUGAGAUCCUUCAGCUAAGUCCGGAAAUGUUAAAGAAUGACUAUCCCAGAACGGUACUUCAGAAUGUUUGUGUGUACAGCCUGCUGGAUCUGGACAACGGAUUGACCCUGUUAAAGUUUGUCGGUGUUGGCAAUGGAUACUUGCAGUCGAUAAUGGAAAACGAAACAAGUUGGAUGAUGGCCCAAGAGCAAAGUAUGAAUCAACUAGUGCAACUGUCGAUGACUAUUUUGAUGCAGAUUCUACGACUCAAACGGACAGUGAUUGAAGAUGAGAAAAUGUUAUCACCGUUAGAAUCCGCUAUCUAUACGCAACCGAAGCAACGAGAUACGCUACGCAUCAUUCCGGUAGUCACGGGAUACAUGAACAAUAUAUUCAAUAGGAGACUUCCCAUAUUAUCCUGUAGAUUGCUCAGACGGUUUUCUAUCGAAUUCAAAAUGUCUUUGCUCGCAUGUUUGGAUAUCGAACCGGAUCAAAUUCGGUUGAUCUUUCUGCAACGUUUAAGAGAUGAUCUGGAAAGUGAUAACCUCAAGAUAGCAGUAUUGGAGUUCGUGGAAGCGUGCAUUCACAAGCAACCAGGAUUGACGGAAGCUUUCUUCAAAGUCCAUUAUGAUAACGUUGAGCAAAGGCUAUUUCUUGGUGUGAAACCGGGAAAGAAAAAGAACAUCAGUGAUGGCAUACCGACUUAUAUGGAAGAAUAUCUGGAAGCAAUUUCCAGUGACCCGAAGAAGCUGGCAAGUCCGCUUUUGUCCCGAAUCAUGUCAUUGUUUCAUGCUCUUUGGAAGAACAACAUGCAGGUGUUAUGCAAAGAACUGCUGGAAAAGAAAACUUUCUGGCCAAGUUUGUGUAAUCCUUUGUUUGGGAACAUCAGCGAAAAUGUUAAAGCCUACAGUCAGCUAUUCAACAUACUAGGAAUAGAGCUGUUCAAAAUCGAUAGCCCACGUAAGGUUGAUGAGAAUCUGAAGAAAGUAUACGAAAAAUUUCUCGAUUAUGACGUGUUUUCCCGUUGGGUUCGAGCUGUUUUCGAUCUACCGAAAUCCAGUGGAGAAAUAUGCGAUGAUAGUUCCUCUUUCGCAUCGCCAGUAACCGAUGAGACUCCCGAAUGGCUCAGUCGUUUACAGUCCUUCAAAGAUUUGAUAGUUCUGCUGCUAAGGAAAAAAGAUACCGGUAUCGUCCUUCCGGACCGCAGCAAACGAUUCCUAGCCGAUCAGUGUCUAAACGUUUUGCUAGAUCGUGCAGAGUAUGCAGAAGAUCUCCGCCCGUUCGUUAUUCUUGCAGAACUAUAUCUUAUAGUUCUCUCAGACUACGAACACAAGUAUACCGAUAACACUGAGCAGGACAACGAAGUUUUGCAGAAGAUUCAAAAUCUGCUCAACGCUCUUGCCAUUAACUAUAAUGAACUUCAUGGACGAGCAAAGGAGUCUGUUCUGGCGAUUGCCAUAAAGGCAGUAGAAUUACAAGCCGAUCAGCUAAUUGAACACUCGUCAGUCAUCUCGAGCGUUACCCGAUCCGCUGUCGAAGUCGUCUGCCAAGAAGUUCAUAACCUAGAAGUGUCGACAAAGGCCGAGAUAAAAGCUCCAAAUGCUAAGAUCGCAACUCGUGGACACAUACCGCUACUGUUGGCUCUAAACUUGCUAAAGAAACUCAUUCUCAUUUAUGAAGAAAACGGAAGCUCCGCAGCCAAGUGGCAAUGUUGGUUCAUUAGAAAUAAAGUGUUCCUGCGAUUGCUCAGCGUAACGAACGUAAUGUCACAGAUGCACUCCAAACGCAAGAUCACCGAAGAAGUCUUGGAACUUUUAGUUGUGCUGGCUAAAAGUGGAUGCUCGGGCGAGAUGCUACACUGUGAAAUUGGAGAUUAUCUGUGGUUGAAACUCUUACCACCGAAGGAGCUGCUACAAAGGCCGUACACGAUGUCUAAUGAAGCCGAAAACAAGUGGAAAUCACAAGAUUGGUGGCCGAUUUACACCCUAGGUAUUGAGUUGGUGCGGGUACUGUUGGCGCAACACAAAUACCGCUUCCUAAAGGAUGCUUUGUUCUUCGCCGGCAUACACGAGGAAUUCCUCAUCGAUUCUUUGCUGUUGGCCAAGCAAUCAAUGGAGACCAAAGCGGUGGCGUUAAUUAAAGGUACCCUAGAGUUGCUGGUAGAGCUGGUCAACUACGAAAAGGAGUGGAGAUUGGAACACGGUCAGAGCUUAAUCAAUUUGAUGAGAUGCGUUCAAGUUCUAAUGGAUCAUAGUGUUGCGUUGCUGUAUCGUCCCAAAAUUCUCAAAAGAUUAGCUGAAGGCCCAUCGGCAGAGCUGUGUAACGAACAGGACGACCCCAAUGCCGUUGAUACCUCCGAUAAGCUGGUCACUGCCAUGAACAACGUAAUCGAGAUUGUCACACUGUGUGCCAAGUGCCUCUUGCGAUUCAGUCCAAAUUUGUUGAAUCUACUUUGUGACGUUGAUUUCUUCCCUGGGCAGUGGUACCCGUUGAUCGAGAUUCAGUUUGGAGUUCCGAAAAUGAAUUCGGAUAACUAUUCACAGCUCAGCUUUGGAACUGUAUUAAGAGCCGUGUGCAUAUUCACCAAAGUUUUAAAUGUGCAACAUUAUACGUUCCAAGAGCACCCACUCAAUCAACUGCCAGCCGGAGAAACUGAUUUUGUGGAUGGCACGUCAACGUUGUCUAACGCAUCGUUAGCUCGUCUCAACAAAUCUGCCAUAGGUGGCAGUAAUGGUACAACUCGGCAGUCGAGCCCUCGUACACCAUUCUCCAAGUCGCUUUCUAUGACAUCCGUCUCCAGUUUCACCUCGACAAAUGCUAUUGCCCUCUCCAACGAGCUUCUUACACAUUUGGAUUCAAAACUCUGCAUCAGUGGCUUAGAAUUUGUGCUUACCUUACUCGCUUCACAAAGUUUGCUUGCUUUAAAAGAUACUAACCUAUCGCAACGAGAGAAACAACUUAUCAAACGGGAGCUUAGCACUGAAUUGCUGAUUUUCCAUGAUUUCGUAAAGAAGCGCAUCCUAAAGGAUUCAAAGGAAAUCCUUACUCGUAAAAAGUAUGGAUCCGUACCCAUCUACAAUGAUGAUGAAAAUGAAACCGACGAUAAAAGCAACACCGAGAUCACCGUAAAAUCGGCGCCGCCAACUGUCGUGCCAAAGAAACCGGACCGCAGUCAUUCGAUGCGAGUGAACGUGGUUUUGAAGCAGCAUUUACAACAGGCAGCUUCAACGCCGCUCAGUCCGAUUGCUCACUCUUCGACGCGGAUGGACCCGGCUUUGCAUAAACCGUCCUCGUCUACUCCUGCAACCGCACCGCGAGGCAUCUUAAAACCACCCAAUGCAGGAUCGGUCAAACGAGUGAUGUUUGACGAGGGCUUAGAGCAUACUAAAACUUUUGCCUAUGCAGGCCCAGAAGACGAGCCCAUCUUCUAUGAACCGGAAGAUUGCAAGUACACGGGAUUGUCGUACGUGAGGAUAGUCGAGGAGGAUUACCUACACCUGUUAUCGAACCUGUUCUCGAUGAUAGCUCAAAGUGAAAAUUAGUUAUUUUUUGACAAUGCAACAAUGUUUAAAUAAUCAUCAAAAGGGUUAAUAAAUUUCUUAAUUUGCCAAA